AUGAUAAUAUAAGUAUAUUUCUUGAAAUACUUCAUUUGUAUAACGUGUGUGUCUUGAAUCCUUACUCAACUAGAAUGUCAGUGAUUGGUUUUUUGUUUGUGCUUUUCCUUGCUAUAAGUGCUGCCGCUGAAAAACAAUUUCCAGACGGGUUUAAGUUUGGAGCUGCCACUGCAGCCUAUCAGAUAGAAGGUGGCUGGGAUGAAGAUGGAAAGGGACUAAGUAUUUGGGAUAACUUCGUUCACGAAGCGGGGAACAUUGUAGAUGAUUCAACAGGAGAUGUCGCAUGCGAUUCCUACCACAAAUACCGGGAAGAUGUAGCAAUUUUGAAGGAUUUAGGAGUGGAUAUUUACAGAUUUUCCAUAGCAUGGUCAAGAAUCAUGCCCAAUGGCACCCCAAAUGAAAUCAAUCAGGCUGGAAUUGACUACUAUCUUAAUUUAAUCGCGGAACUGCUCUUGCAUGAUAUAGAGCCAAUCGUUACUCUCUACCAUUGGGAUCUUCCACAGUAUCUGGAAAAUUUGGGAGGUUGGUUGAAUCCACAAAUCGCAGAUUAUUUCGGGGAUUACGCCAGAGUUGUAUUUGAACACUUUGGGCCUUAUGUUAAAUACUGGAUUACUCUUAACGAACCUUUGGCAACCUGCCUCUCCGGAUAUGGAGGAGACUCACUUGCGCCAGCAAAAGGUUUAGUUGGUGAUGGAACAUAUCAAUGCGCUUACAAUACGAUUAAGGCUCACGCAAAGGCAUACCGGAUCUACGAAAAAGAAUUUAAACAGGAGCAAGGAGGAAAGGUUGCUUCAAACAUUCCAUCUCCAAUGUUCUAUUCGAAGACCGACAGCAUUGAAGACAUUGAAGCGCGCGAGAGAGCAUUUGAAUUCAAUGUGGGUUUAUAUGCUCAUGCUAUAUACAGAGGAAACUGGCCUCAAAUUGUAAUCGACAGAGUGGCAAACAGAAGCAAAUUGGAGGGAUAUUCCUUUUCCAGAUUACCCCAGUUUACGCAAGAGGAAAUUGACUAUAUCAAUGGCACAUUUGAUUAUUUAACCCUUAAUUCUUACUUCAGUACAAUUGUUGAACAUACAGAAGAAGCGCCCAUCGGCACUCCAAGCAUUUACUCCGAUCAAUCUACACUUUCAAGUUCCGACCCUUCGUGGCCUACUAGUGCGUCUUCCUGGUUAGUCUCCGAUCCACCCGGAAUCAGAUAUUUGCUAAACUAUAUCCAGGAGAAAUACAAUCCCGGAGAAAUAGUUAUAACUGAAAACGGCUGGUCUACAGUUCCGGGCAUCUUGAAUGAUGAGGACAGGGUCACUUACCUCAAGGGCUAUUUAAGCAAUAUUUUGGACGCUGUAGUAGAGGAUGGAAUCAAUGUUACUGGAUACACAUUAUGGAGUUUGCUGGAUAACUUUGAGUGGAGUCAAGGAUAUACAAAUGAUUUUAGGCAAAGAUUUGGUAUCGUGGAUGUUGACUUUGAGAGUCCUAACAGAACCAGAACGUACAAGAGUUCUGCUGAAUGGUACAAAAGGCUCAUUGCAGCAAGGCAGAUUGUUGAUUAAUUUGUACGAUUCAACUGAAUAUACACUGAUACAAUG